AUGAACCCGACGAAGCCCAACACGGGGGACUCUUUCGACCCUGUCUUCGAUGGUCCAACUCAGCAUGAGGACUGGGAAUACUGGGAGGAAGACGGAACCCUAGGAGCACCGGCAGAUGACAAUGACUUGCUGAUAGACGUGGAUGGCGCACAAACCUCCAAGCGGCCAAAAUCGAGAUUUCGACAGAAGGUACAAAAUGCCCAAGCUGGAAUCAAGUUAGACACGGAUGUGUCCAAGUUCCGACGGGCAGCGCCUCAAUCUACAGCACACAACGUUCACAACGAUACCUUGAAGGCAUUGGAGGGCUCGUCGACGUCCGGCAAAUCGACGAAGGAAAGGACUGGCGCAUUCAACGGGACUACCCGAGGUCGUGAAUCGGAUCUUUCGCCGGAAGGUCGCAAAAUAGUCAUUGGCAUUGCUCUGCCUUCGGACAAUAUAUCAGAGCAUCAAUCCAGCCCCCAAACGGCUGGUGUCGAAACUCCCAUCGACAUGCGAAACUACAUACAGCGGUCGGCGGCCAACAAGGCACCGCCACAACAGCAGUCGGUGUGGUCCCCAGAUACAGAAGCAACCGAGUCUCCAUACCAAAGUGGCCGUCCGGCAUCCAGCAUAUACUCGCAGCCUAGCAUGUACGGAGCUCCUGUGGCGUCAGGUCAUGUGCCACCAGUCCCUGCCCUGCCCUCCACCUUCAAGUUUAAGCAGUCACAACCAAGCGCAUUCCAAGACCCAGACGAUGACGAUGUUGGAACACCCUGCACGCUCUUCGAAGAGGAUGGUAGCCCCAUGGCCAAUCGCAAGUCCUUCAGGCAGAAAGCUGCGGCAGUCACGGGCCCACAGAGUGAAGGAACCCUCCCUAAUGGCAAAUGGAUCUAUGUCACAGAUGUAACCACACGAGAGACGAACCCAUUCAAGCAACAACAGACUGGAGAGAGCUCAUCAUCGGCUCCCAAAGAGUGGUGGCAAGGAAUGGACGAGAAGAAGCACCAAGCGUCAAAAGCACAAGGGCUUUCGGUGGUCACUCCUCCCACUUUGCGACAACAGAACACUGAUCAGUCUUCAAUGGCGCAGGCGAAUGCCUCUUCAUCGCAUAAUUCCCAAUCUGAUCGGCCUGAAACACACUCGGAAAAGGCACGGAUUCUGCUCGAGGAGAGCCAGGUCCCAGCCGAUGAGCCCCCCCCUUACUCGCCCCCCAAGACGGUCAACGAGGUCAAGUAUGCUGCUGUCUUCCCCCCUUCUCAUGCGGCCAAUCUGCGACCGAUCCCGUCGCCUGGACCAGUGUCGCCUGGUCUGCCAGGCACCAUGAGCUCACAGGGGAACAUGGCCAUCAAUCUAGCCGAGAUCCCGCUGACUCCUCGACGUGUGCCAGGGGCCGUACUCUCUGACCGCCCAGCUGGAUCUCACGUCAUCGGAGACCAUUUCUAUGGGGCGCUUGGGACAAGGCACCGGGUUGAACGCCAACGCCGACGUCACGAGAAGGAAGAAGCCGUGGCGAGGAGGGUCGGUGGCUUCUGGAGAGGACGCGGCUGCAUGCCAGAAAAUGGCUGCUUCGGACGUUCAGGUCGAGAGGGGAGAAAAAGAAGACGAGUCUACUUGGGAGUAUUUUGCGGCGUCGUUGCCGCCAUCGUCCUCGCCGUCGUUCUGGCGGUGACUCUGACACGCACAUCAGCACCGCCACAAGGCCCAGAACACUCCAUCUGGCUCAACUUGACAGAUUUCCCCCCUAUGCCGACGGGUGUUUUGACAGUUGCUGGACCAGAUAAUUCUCAGUCAGUCUCUGGCUGUCUUACCGUCACAGCGCAAACCUCGUGGAGCUGCAAGCUUCCUAAGGACCAGCAGAACCCAGAUUCCCCUUACGAUGCGGACCAGCCCGAGUUCAUCUUCCAAAUCCAGUAUGACAACAACACGCGAGCUUUAUGGAAUGUCAGCAAUACUGGCGAGCAGCCAGACGUCAGUAACCAAACAGCGACGGUGGGGAACGCCCGUCUCGCUGUAAGCCGCGUAAUCGCUCGUGCUAUAACCAUUUUUCGCCGUGGAGUUAUCUACGACGCGGGUUUCUCGCCCAAGCCUGCGCCGCCGUCUCUUGCUGAGAUGAACUUCCUGGGUAACACAACCGACGGCAUCGUCUCCGACAACAAAGCCGGCGAGCCCACACCCUUCUAUAUCAGCCUCCUCUCCUCGAACAACGCUACUGUCGGAUCUGACACGGUCACCCGCCGCGGUCUCGGCAAUGGUAUCGACUCCGCCCCGGACAACGGCACAUCCGACUGGAACCUGACCGACAUCCUGCCCGCACCCGCGCUCAACCCCGAUGGUACCGGCGCACCGGCCAAGCUGUACCCGCUCCCAUUGCAGCAGCCCGUCCGCCUAUUCGACCGCGGCCUGCCCACCGAGCACUACGGUUUCUACACCUUCUUCGACAAGACCGUCUACCUGCACGACAAGUCCAAGUCGGUCGCCGCUGACGAAGACGGCGGCUCUCCCAUCAAGGACGCCAAGUUCCUCAUCACCAUGUCGCAGACGCGUUUCCUCGUUAAGAUCUGGACCCGCAAGGAGAACACCACGCAGCUCCUAGGCAACGGAACCAUUCCCGGCACCGACGGGACCACUGUCGAUGACCAGCCGGGGACUAUGCCGUACCCCGUUACCAUAGCUGAGGAUCUCCACGGGGGUAAUCGCAAUGAUAAGGCGCAGUGGUACUACGGCGUCGAUGAGAAGCAGCAGAUUGACCGGACGGACGUGAAGCUUAUCGUGGUUGAUAAGGGGUUUGCGGGGACGUUGAUCAAUAGGCUGGAUUCAAACUCGGAUUUGUCGCUGGGGGGCAUUGAUGGAGGGACCGGCGGGUGUAAGUGCGAGUGGGUCAACUUUCAGGGGAGGACGGUUGGUACUUUGGAGUAA